UGAAAAGGGGACUGGACCAAUUUUGGGUUAUGGCUUAAAAUACUUGUUUUUUUCCUUUUGGUAACUACUUCUGUGGUUUUUAACAGGUACUGUGCAGAGCUCUGACUCUGCUGGCAGACGGACUCACAGAUAAAGGAUCAUCACAUGGAAUAAAACACGUAUCCUGUAUAUCACUUUGAGGUUGAAUUCAUCCUUAUUUCAUUUAUUUGUAUCUUUCAUUUAUUUUGUAAAUAAUUUUUAGUUUUUCCAAGAACUGAAACGGCCUAGCCAUGCUUCCCUUCUCUGUUGUCCUUCUCCUGCUGUGUGCCACCCCUCUUCCCACCGCCUCUGUGGCCCUGCCCUUUGAGCAGAAGGGCUUAUGGGACUUUGGGAAGAGCAUCGAUGUAGAGGGGCUGAUGAUGAUGAUGAUGAACGAUGAAGAGGAAGGCUCAGCGGUUGAGGAAUACUAUAAACCAGAACAGCCUACUUGCCCAUUCGGCUGUCAGUGUAACCAGAAUGUUGUGCAGUGCUCUGACUUGGGUUUACACUAUGUGCCAUAUGACAUCCCCCCGGAGACCAGGCUCCUCGACCUUCAAAGCAACCAGAUCACUGAAAUAAGAGAGGGUGACUUCAAGGGACUCAGUAACCUCUAUGCUUUGGUGUUGGUGAAUAACAAGAUCUCCAGGGUGCACCCUCGGGCCUUCAUGCCCCUCAAAAGGAUGCACAAGCUCUACUUCUCCCACAACCAGCUGACGGCCGUGCCCAAGAACCUGCCCUCUUCCCUGGUGGAGCUGCGCAUCCACGACAACCAUAUCAAGAGGGUGGCAUCUGGGGCUUUCUCUGGCCUGGGCAGCAUGAACUGCAUUGAGAUGGGGAGGAAUCCUAUUCAGAACAGUGGUUUUGAGCCCGGAGCCUUUGAUGGACUUAAACUUACCUUCCUUCGCAUUUCUGAGGCAAAACUCACAGGCAUCCCUAAAGAUCUCCCUGAGGGUCUACAUGAGUUGCAUUUGGAUCACAAUCAAAUUCAAGCCAUUGAACUAGAAGACCUAAGACAAUAUGAGAGUUUGCACAGGUUGGGUCUAGGCUACAAUCACAUUCGUCACAUUGAGCAUGGCAGCCUGUACUACCUGCAAAACCUGAGAGAGCUGCAUCUAGAUAACAACCGGAUCCCCAAUGUCCCUGGAGGCCUUGCUGGAAUGAAGUACCUGCAGGUGGUCUACCUUCACUCCAACAACAUCAGCCAGGUUGACGUGAAUGAUUUCUGCCCUAACGGCUUUGGUGUCAAGAAGACUUACUACAACGGGAUCAGUCUCUUUGAUAAUCCAAUCAACUACUGGGAGGUGGUGCCGGCCACCUUCCGCUGUGUCAGCAACAGGAUGGCUGUACAGUUUGGCAACCACAAAAAGUAGUACAUGAGAGGCACCAGCUGUAGGGUAAUACAUGCAACUCAGAUACAAAAUAAAUAACUUUGUUACACAGUUAAAAAACAAUUUAUUGAUAGAAAGAGCCUGAUGUAUGGUAAAAGAUAAAUAACUAAAACAUAACUGAAGUUUGUUUUGCAUGCAUGGAGUGGGUGAUAUUGUAUAUUGGAAAGAAAUUCGUCAUCCACAUAAUUUCAAUCAACCAAUCAAAUGUAUUUUAAUACAAUUUAAAAAAAAUAUUUGUUACUUUCAAUUCAGCUGGAUCAUAGCAAUUUGGGAUUCUCUGUGAUUUUGUUUUUUUGUUUGUGUUUUAUCUCAAAUUACCUCUGACCUGACAACUGAUCUCAAAUAUUUGAUAUAGAAGAACAAUACAAACUGACAGUUGAAAGCACCUUCAGAAGAAUCUGUCUUAUAAAUGUUGUUGAAAAUA